CUCCUGCCGCCGGCCUGAUCCCGCUACUGUACCGCCUCGGCCCCGAACACCGAGCUCAUUCAGGUGGUGCAGCCGCUGAGAAACGGCGUAUGUACGGAAGAGAAAGAGAGUGAAAGAGAGGGGAAGACACAAAGCUUGUCUGCGUAUGUGAGUGUGUGUCUGUCUGUGAGUGUGAGUGUGAGUGUGAGAGAGAGAGACAGGAGUCAGCAGACUACAGAGCAGCCAGAGCCUGGCGUCCAAGCUUCCAGGCACCCCACUGCCCAUCAUGGCUGUCUAUCUGAGCCUCUUCAUGCUGGCUCUCAGUGUGAUUGGACAGGAGCUCCCAUCAGGCCCUCAUGGCUGCACGGAAGGAAGCUGUUACCCUGCGACAGGAAACCUUCUAAUUGGACGGGGUGUCAACCUAUCUGCCACCUCUACUUGCGGCCUGACCGAGCCUGAGCACUAUUGCAUCGUCAGCCAUCUGCAGGAGUCAGACAAAUGUUUCGAAUGUAACUCCCAGCAUCGUUACGACCAUUACCACAGAAACAGCCACCGCAUCGAAAACGUCAUCUACCUCAUGGACAGCAAUGGAAACCACACCUGGUGGCAGUCUGUCAACGGAGAGGAGAACGUCAGCAUCAGACUGAACCUGGAGGCCGAAUUCCACUUCACACAUCUCAUCAUGAAAUUCAAGACUUUCAGGCCUGCAGCUAUGAUCAUCGAGCGAUCGGCUGAUUUUGGACGCACAUGGCGCCCUUACCGCUACUUUGCCUCAAACUGUACCAGGACCUUUCCCAGCAUACCUUCCAAUGGCUUGCAACACAUCAAUGAUGUAAUCUGUGAGGAACGUUACUCCGACAUCGAACCAUCCACUAAUGGAGAGGUCAUUUAUAAAGUUUUGGAUCCUGCUAUUCGUGUGAAAGAUCCCUACAGCUUGGACAUUCAAGAGCUUCUGCGCAUCACCAACCUGCGUAUCAACUUUACCAAGCUGAACACUCUGGGAGACGACCUGCUCGACCGACGCUUUGAUGUCCUGCAGAAAUAUUACUACGCCAUCUAUGAACUGGUGGUCAGAGGGAGCUGCUUCUGUUAUGGACACGCCUCAGAGUGCGCCCCAGUGCCCAGCGUCAACACUCGGGAGACUGGCAUGAUCCACGGUCGUUGUGUGUGCAAACAUAAUACAGAAGGCCUAAACUGUGAGCGCUGCAGAGAUUUCCACAAUGACCUGCCAUGGAGACCAGCAGAGGCAGAUAACCCACACACCUGCGGGGAGUGUAACUGUAAUGGCCACUCAAACCAGUGUCACUUCGACAUGGCGGUGUAUUUGGCCACUGGAAAUGUCAGUGGAGGAGUGUGUGACGACUGUCUGCAUAACACUAUGGGACGCAACUGUGAGAUGUGCAAACCUUUCUACUAUCAAGACCCUGUCAGGGAUAUCAGGGACCCACAAGUCUGUGUUGCCUGCGACUGUGACCCUGUCGGCUCUUUGGAGGGGGGAGUGUGUGACAGUCACACUGACCUGGACAUGGGAAUGAUCGCAGGACAGUGUCGCUGCAAAUCCAAUGUCAAGGGCACGCGUUGUGAUGACUGCAAAGAGGGUUAUUACGGACUUAGCCAGGAGGACCAGCUGGGUUGUCAGCCUUGCAACUGUGACCCUCGCGGCAUCAUCAUGAUGGGAGCUCCUUGCGACCAGAUCAGUGGGGACUGCUCCUGCAAAAGAUAUGUCACUGGUCGCUACUGCAACCAGUGUCUGCCUGAAUACUGGGGGCUCAGUAACGACCUGGCUGGCUGCAGACCAUGUGACUGUGAUUUCGGAGGAGCCUUCAACAACAGGUGCAUGAUGGAGAACGGCCAGUGUGACUGCAGGAGACAUCUGAUUGGUCGACAGUGUUCAGAGGUCCAGCCUGGGUAUUUCUGUGCCCCGCUGGACUACUACAAAUAUGAGGCUGAAGAUACCACUCGACAUUCCCCUGCUGAUUCUGCACUACCGGGCAAAGUUCGUCCUCAGGCAGAGACUGACUGUGUCCAGCACCUCAGCAACCAGCUACGUAGGCAUCGGCGUCACCGUCGUGUUACAAAUUCGCAGCAACAUCGAGCAGCACUGAGACGUAUCCGCCAACUUCAACAAACACCGGAUGUGACAACCGUUCAUAGAGGACACACUCCCAGCCACAUGGUGUCGUGGACAGGCCCUGGUUUUGCCCGUGUCAAAGAUGGUGCCGGCCUGGUGUUCACCAUCGACAACAUCCCCUACGCCAUGGAGUAUGACAUCAUGAUCCGUUACGAACCUGAGUCCACAGAGGAUUGGGAGGCUGUAGUUAGUAUCACAUCUGUACUGUUGCCAUCCAGCCUCCGGUGUGGAAACCUUCUACCAACUGAACAGCUCUACACAGUGACCCUUCCGCACCGCAACAGAUACAUCCAGAUGCCCAGGCCGUUCUGUUUCGAGCCCAGUAAUCGUUAUGUGGUUGCCAUCAGGUUCCAGCGCCAUGGGGUCUCACACAGACAUCUCACUGCUUUCAUUCUUAUUGACUCGCUGGUGCUGAUCCCCAAAUACACGGAGCUUCCUGGUUUCCAAGGAAAUGAGCCAGAGGCAGAGCAGCGGCGGGAGGAGAUGAUUCGUUACAUGUGUCUGGAUUCCUUCAUGAUGACACCGAUGCCGGCCCUGGCUGAGAUGUGCUCCAAACUCAUCUGCAGUAUUUCAUCCAUCAUUCAUGAUGGUGCUCUGUCAUGUCAGUGCGACCCUCAGGGCUCCCUCAGUGGCGAGUGUGAUAAGGUGGGAGGUCAGUGUCGUUGUAAACCCAACGUGAUGGGUCGGCGCUGUGACCAGUGUGCCCCAGGAACCUAUGGCUUUGGAGUGAAUGGUUGUACUGCCUGUGACUGCAACUCAGAGGGCUCUUUGAGCCACCAGUGUGACCCAGUUACAGGCCAGUGUCAGUGCAGGCAAGGAGCCACCGGGCGUCAGUGCUCAGACUGCCAGCCAGGCCAGUGGGGCUUCCCCAGCUGCAGCCGCUGUCAGUGUAACGGCCAUGCAGACAUCUGUGACCCCCGCACGGGGGAGUGUACAUACUGUAGGGACAAUACAGCAGGUCACCUCUGUGAGCGGUGUGUGAAUGGCUUCUUUGGAAACCCGGUGCUUGGUUCAGGGGAGCACUGUCGGCCCUGCCCCUGCCCUGGUAACCCUUCCUCAGAUCACUUCAACGGGCACUCCUGUGAAGCUGACCACACCUCGAAUCAGAUCAUCUGUAACUGCAAACAAGGCUUCACUGGGUCCCGCUGUGACCAGUGUGCCCCUGGUUACUAUGGCAACCCAGAACAACCUGGUGGACAGUGUGUGCCAUGCAAGUGCAACGGCAACAUCGACACUCAAGAUCCUGGGUCAUGUGAUCCCAGAACAGGCCAAUGCCUCAAGUGCCUGUACCACACCGACGGCCCAUCAUGUGACAUUUGUCAGCAUGGUUACUAUGGCAACGCUUUGGCCCACGACUGCAGGCGAUGUACCUGUGUGACUGCUGGCACCAUCCAGUCUGCCUGCAGCGAUGGACAGUGUCACUGUGACAGGCAGACCGGAGCCUGCCCUUGCAGAGAGAACGUGGCGGGCCAUAACUGUGAUCAGUGUUCUCCUAACCACUGGAACUAUGGUCAGGAGAGAGGCUGUCAGCAAUGUGACUGCGACGCACAGCACUCCGUGGGAACUCACUGCAACAUGUUCACAGGCCAGUGCCACUGUAGUCCAGGCUUUGGGGGUAAACAGUGCACUGAAUGUGAGCAGUUCCACUGGGGAGACCCACGGGUGCAGUGUCAAGAGUGUAACUGCCACCCUCUGGGCUCAGAGAUAGCCCAGUGUGACCGGACAACAGGGAUGUGCGAAUGCAGGGAGGGAGCAGCGGGGAAGCACUGCGAUGAAUGCGCUCGCGGCUUCACCGGCAACUUCCCCAAGUGUGUCCAGUGUCACCCGUGCUUCCAGCUGUGGGAUGACGCAGUGUGCCAGAUCAAAAGGGACCUGGAACACAUCGAGUACACUGUACAGAAGAUCCUGGCGAGCGGGAUCAUGCCGGGAGUUGGGGAUACGCGCAUCAGGGAGCUGGAGAAGAAGCUGAAGCAGGUACAGGACCUGAUCAGUGCAGAGGACAGCAACAGGAUGUACCAGCUGAUUGGACAGAGCAUUGAUGACCUCAGGGCUGAGAUCGCCCUCAACGACGGGCGUCUGAUGGGCGUUGCCCGAGAGGUCAAUACAACAGCAGCAGAAGAAGAGGCACUGAGACGCACAUUGAGUGAUCUAGAGGAUGACCUGAGAGAUGUUAACAACACUCUGGCUCACAAACAGCACCUGCUGGAGGACUACCUAACCUCAGGAUUUGCAGAUCAGUUUGAAAAAGUGAAGAAGUACUAUCGGGAGUCACUGGAGGCCGAGAGGAAAUGCAACCUGACGGUGUCUGGUCCUCUCAGUCCUGUGGAAGAGUCCAAAAAAACCCGUGCUAUCACUAAAGAGAAGCUGGAUGCCAGUAAAGACCAGACUCUCCGUGCUCUGGCUGCUCAAAACAAAUCCUUAACUGAGCUGCAGGAAAAGGCCCACGACCUGGGCAAGAAAGUCCAUCAUCUCAGUCACAAGGUAUGCGGUGGUCAUAGCAAUGCCAGUGCAAAUGGCAGUUGCUCCGACAGCCAGUGUGGCGGUGCAGGUUGCCGUGACAAUCAGGGCAAUCAUGUAUGUGGAGGAGAGGGAUGCAACGGGACAGUGAGUGCUUCAGUUGCAGCACUGGAUCUCACCAGGAACAUCGCCGACCGUCUGACUUCUGCCAACGAGGAGCUGCAGAGCGUGGCAAGAAAGCUCCAGGAUAUAGCAACUCUGACACAGGAUGUGAAAAACCAGGCAAAGAGCACACUGGAUAAAGCCCAGAAGAAAAAGGAGCACUUUGAAAACAACAACAACAAGCUAAAAGAUUUCAUUAAGAAGAUCAGAGACUUUCUCACUGAGGAGGGAGGAGAUCCAGAGAGCAUAGAGAAGGUGGCUAUGCAGGUCUUGAUGAUCAAACUACCAGUGAACAGGACGACUCUGGACAAAAUGAUUAUGCAGAUAAAGGAUGGCCUCUCCAACCUCACCGACAUCGAGGGGAUCGUCAACAAAACCUCUCAGCACAUCAGCAAAGUCAAGGAGCUGCUUGAAAAUGCUAAAGAUGCCAAGAGCCGAGCAGAGGGAGUGAAGGAUAUAGCCAAUAAGACCCAGCAGGCGUUGGAUGUGUCUGAGAAAGCCAUAGAGAAAGCAAGAACAGCCCUGAAAGAGGCCCAAAACAACUUGAACAGCACAAGGAAUGCUACAGCCGAGGUGGAUGAGAGACUGAAGCAGGUGGAAGAUAAGCAGAUGGAUCUCAUGAUGCGUUUAAACAACCUCUCCAUGGGGGUGGAAGCUCUGAAGAACAAGACAGAGCAGAACAGGCAGAUGGCCGUCGAUGCCAAAGCUCUGGCUAACAAUGCCACACACUUAGCAUCCUCACUGCAGCAGAACCUCAACGACACAGAGAAACGGUACCGCGAGCUGCAGAUAAGGGUGGAGUCUCUUGGUGGGGAGGCUGGAGGUUUGACAAACAUCAACAAGAAGGCCAUGGAUAUCAAGAAGGAGGCAGAAGACCUCCUCAACAAAGCCAGCAAGGGGAUGGAACAACUCAGGAAACUGGAGAAAAAGUUCAAGAGUAACGAGCAGCGGAUGCAGAAGCAGCGAAUCGAGCUAGACGAGCUGAAGGAAAACGCCACCGUGGUGCGGGACGAGAUCCGGGAACAAGUGCAGAAGUACAGUAACUGUGUGUGAGGAUGACACUCUUCCCCAUUUACUAUUUGCUGCUGUAGUCCAGAGCAGAGUUAGGACUUAGGCUAUGACUGGGACAGAAAAAUGACACCACCCAAGAAAAUAAAACUUUGCUUUGGUCCCUCGAUUCUUUCACUGCUGUUGUUUCAAGUUUUACAUAAUACCUGUCAAGUGUUAUAUCACACAACGCCUUCCUCUUUCCAUGUACUGUACAACUUUGUGACUCCUUGAUAUCAACACCAUCCUGGAUGGUGUUUAUAUUGUUAAGCUAUUAAACAUGUGGAUGACCUGUGGAGUUUAUUUUUUUUAUUGUAUAGGCCAUGAUAAUUGAUUUCCCAAUUAAUAAACAGAAGAAAUAUAUCAAAGUAUGUUAUCAGUUUUUUUUUUGUUUUGACCAAAACUGCUUAUAAAGAUUUUGUGUUUAUGCUGUAAUUUGAACACAUUCCUAAGAUAUUUACAAAAAGACACUCCUAUAAGUGUGUGGAAAUGUUUUAUCUCUAAAGUUUAAUUUGUGUUGAUUUUUAUUACAAAAAAGCUCUUGAUUAAAUACAUAUUAAUGCAUACACAAAUAUUCUUACAAAUAAAAUUCAGGUGGUGUGAUGAUGGAGACAAAUAAACUUGGUACAGUUUAUUUAAAA